AUUACUUUAAGUUACACUCUUUGGUGUAUUUAUCUGAACAGUGUAACUUAAAAGUAAUACAGUAAGAGUGUAACUGAAAACUUUACGUUUUAGACCGCUUGGACACUGAGGAAAAAAAUUAAAUUUCUUUACCAAAGGAGUGGGAUCAAAUAUGUAUGUUCAGGUCUUUCUACUGCUGGUUGCGGUCACAGUGAUAUUACCGUUUAAUGUGACAGCAAAUGAAACGGACGAGCUUGGGUGUCCCGUUUCUCCGAUGACGUCACGCACCCAAGAAAAAAAUAAUCGACUUGAUGACGUCAGUGUAACUUGUGGGUUGGACCAAGUUAGUAUCAGUAUUCCAGCAUGUGGCCUUACUAAAGCCGGUGUAUCACCCAACCACCUCUACGUAUCCCCUGAAGACCAGGACCCCACUUCAGUUGCUGAUGAAUGCAAAUCAACUGUGGUUCAAUCCCCAAAUGGUGGAUAUGUUUCACAGAUUAACAUGGACAACGCCUACAACUGUGGAGCUGUAUCUGCUAUAUCUCCAAGAUUUAUCAGAACCACUUACAACUUGCAAGCAAACUUAAAGUCAGGAUGUGGCGUCCUUACGGCCUCAUUCCAGUGUGUAUUUGAUCGCUCAUCGCAAAGGAAUGGAAACAGAAACAUUGCCCCGACCCAAAAAAACAUAAAACUAUUUCUAAAACCCUCAAGGGAAAAUAAGAAGUAUAAAGUAAGCACUAGCUUUUACACUGACGGAACAUUUCAAACUAAAUUGCAAAAUCCCACUGUGAACAAUGGUGAUCCAAUUUAUGCUGAAGCCAGACUGGAUAGUACAAACACUGACCUAACUCUAAAGGGGAAUACGUGUUAUGCAUCAGCUUGUAAGGAUGGUGGUAAAUGUCCAGAGCAGUACCUCUUCUUAAACCAAGGAUGUCCAGUUGAUGGUGUGAGCUACAAUGCAACUAACACUCGUGGUCGCUUUGGCAUAAAAAGUUUUGAAUUUUUAUAUGGUAGAAACGGACUUACUUAUUUGCAUUGUGAAUGGACUGUUUGCAACAAGAAAUAUCACCCAUGCAAAUCAUCUGAGUGUGAAACGAAAAGAGAAAAGCGCGAAGUACAGACUGUGGAUCAACCUGGUUGUGAAAUGCUUGUCACAUUUAAACCAAUUCGUGUUAUACCAACAUGUGAUAAGCCUGAUACAUGUGGACAGCUAUGUAAUGUAGUUGGGGACAAUGUUGUUUGUUCUUGCAACGAGGGAUACAAGCUUGACGAUGAUGGAAAAUCUUGUGUGCAGUUAUAAUGAGCGUAAACUGA